CUGCGGCACCAGAAAACCCCUCAGAUUCGUCUACUAGCCGGUCGAACAUGUCGCCAAAGGACCAAGCAGGCGCCAGUACGCUGCCUCCUGCUGGCGAGCCCACCCAGUCUCCGCCGUUGGCUCUCUCGUCGCCCCAGUCAGCGAACCCAUUACCGACUGAUAUUCCUGGGGCCAUGGAGAAGGUGGCGGCAUCGCUCAACGGCCUUAGUCUCGGGUCAAACAUUCCCAGCUUGGUUGUUGAUGGUAGCAACUCGUCUGCUGCCGCUCGAUCUCAAGCCGUAUUCAGCAGAGCGAGUGGAUCUGAUGAUUCCCAGAAGGCUGAUUCCAGCUCGGAUUUGGGCACCAAGCCCCCUAGCCUGGAUGGGAAAAGCAUCACGUCUGGAACCACGUUUGCCCUCGACGAAAAAGAAUCUCUCCGCCCGGAUGACAGUGCCAGCGUCAAAGCUGCCGCCGAGGAUGACGAUUCUUUCUCGAUCCGGGGAUCUCUGAUUGCGGGCUCACGUAUGAGUUCAGAUCUUGCUGCCAGAGCUAGAGGCAUACAGCUAGGAGAUAUGCCAGAUCGGCGACUAGCGCAGCCAGUAGCUGGAGGUCACGGACAUGGCAUUCUGACUCCUCAGACCGACUACUACCACAUGACGCAUUCUUUUGAGCCCCAUAUCGGCUCUGUUCGUAUUUUCAGAACGCCCUUUUGUCGAGUGCCGCCUUCUCUGGCAACAAUGAUACCCCAAACGACUGUUUCAACUAGCAGCACUCCUCCGCCAGCAGUUUUGCCAAGGAAGAUCAUGCGUCGAGGCCAAGACGAGGAGGGUGGCAGCGGCAGCGCUGGAGCUUCCAAGGCUACUUCGGAGAAUGGAAGCGAUUCUAAAGAUAAGCAGCCGCUUAUCAGUCAAAAGUUGACACGAGAAGAGCGAGAAGAGAUGUACAAGCUCGCUAGACAGCGAAUUUUCGGAAACUCUGAAGAGACACCGUCUGAAGCAGAUGGUGAAUAUGGAGUGUCCCGAGCAAGCUCUGUUUCCGCCAACAAUAGGUCUACUGCCAGUAAAAAAGCAAAGCCUAUUAAACAGCGGCGCGAUGAUACAGAUGGCUUCGACUCGAGGCGCCAGUACGCGCCUUAUUGGGGCCCUCAACAACAGACUUGGGUGUCUCAGCCACCUAACCAGUUCAUCCCUCCUGCGAAUGGACAGUUUAACUCGCAGCCCGUUCCAAGUUACCCUGCGCAGGUGGCCACUGCAUACGGUCAGCAGCCUCCUGGGUACCCUGCGGCGCAAGGAAUGGCACCAAGUGCGCCUUAUCCGACUCCACCUCAGCCGUAUGCGCCGCAGCCUGUGCAGCAACGGUACCCUCCAAACGGAAGCCCGAUGACAGCAUAUGGUUCGCCAAUAUUACCUGGUGCUCCUCCACCAAACUGGCAACCUGGGUUCAGUCCCGCACAAUAUCCACCCCGAGGACCUACUCCGAGUGGCCCUUCUGCGCAGGGUGGAAUUCCGUACGCAUUUGGGCAGCUACCGGCAAAUAUAAACCCUCAUGACCCCAAGAGCCAGCAUCCAAUCCCUGGAAGCUACAAUCGGAACCACGCUUUCAAUCCCAAGACGCAAUCUUUUGUGCCAGGGUCGAACGGGAUGCCACCGCCUAUGCAGCCGCUCCAGCCGCCAUUUACGGCACCGGGAUCUCACCACGGCAGUCCCCAGAUCGGGACUCCUCACCUGGCCUACGGCGGAUACCCAACAGCGAUGCCACCUCAUCCAUAUGCUGCUGGUGGAUAUAACAUGGCUCGACAAGGCUCGAACAAUUCCAUUGCUGCGUAUCAUACCCCACCUCCUCUUGUCGCUCCGCCUCAUGUCCAGCACAUGCCGCCGGCAAUGCAAAGCCUGCAACAACAUAUACCACAACCCCAGCAUAUACCCCAGAAUCAGCAGGUACAUGUUCCGGGCCGAGCAAACAUCCCUCAGGGACCGAAUCAAAUGUUUAGUACUAGUAGUAGUCAUUUACCUGCUUACGGUAAUCCAGCAACGCUGCCGCAGAAGCCAGCUACUGGAAUUUAAUGAGCAUCUUCAGGUGUUCGGGGCUGCUGGAGGCCCCCGGCGCAUAUGGCAUAUUUAGAGCAAAAUAUUACUCUUGGCGUUUUAACGGUGGGAAGGACGAUUGGUUUCUACUUUGUCUAUUUCUCCUUUUCUCUUUUUGGACCCUUCUCCUUUCUACUCACUCUUUUACUUUCAAUACUAGCGGCGGGUGAAGAGCGAGUUUGUUGGAGGCUAUAAAAGAAAAUGCUAGACAUGACAUCACAUUAAGAACGUAUAUCAUGUGUCUAUGUAGGAUCAGAUAGAGAAUUUGCGUGACGAAUCAAUAUUCAUAUCUAAUAUCUUAAGUGCCAAAAUUAUGUCUGGCAUACCACAACGCCAAGAUGAUACUGCGUUCGCGUGUAGGUGUAUUGUUGGGACAAUGUCGCAAUGCACGUCCAAAUUCGCUCCCACCCAUCCAUCCCGAGACGCCACGGGCAUGCUUCCUAUUUCCUCCUUCAACAUCAUUUCCUCUUUUUUUUUUUCUUCUUCUCUCUCAAUAAGGGCCUUUCUUUAUAGAGCCCAAGUGCCGAGAUGUAAAGGGAAAAUUAUAAACCAAACGACAGUUAUACAGCUGCUGUAAUAACCGUCCCUCUAUCCUUCUUUUCUUCCCUUUUCGCCUUACUCGGUGGGCUCUCGAGGCUCUCGGGGCUCUCGUUGUUGACCGCCGCCUCUACCGCCACCACGUCCACCACGCUUGUUUCCGCGCUGGGCACCCUUCUCGCCGUCAUUCUUGCCCUCCUCCUUUUCAUUGCUGACCAGGUUGGCAACCGCCAGUCGCUGGGAGAGAUCGAUCUGGGUUCGGAUAGUGUUGGCCAGGUAGCUGACCAUGAGGACGUCCUGGAUGUGGUUGUUGAAGUCGUGCUCGAUCUGGGAAGCAUCGACCUUGGGGGCCAGAGACAGGGCGCUCAGGAGGUACUGGGCAAGGGCGUUGUUAGGCUCCUCGUCCUCAUCUAAUACGCCGUUAGCCCAUUCGCUGACGCGGUCGAGAAGGCUGAUGGUCUGCUCGAUGGAUCGGCCCAGGCUCUCAAUGUCUGAUACCAGGGGAACGUUCCGUGACUCGACGUCGCGGGCGCUGGCGACGGCCUCGAGGGCGCUCUUGUCGGCGUCUCCAUAGAGCAUCUUGUGGGGGACCUGGAUGAAGAGGCAGCUCUCGGCAGCUCGCUCGGCGUUGACGGCGACGGGAGCGCUGAUAUAGCAUCUCGUCUCGAUGUCCUGGCCGGGCUCUGUGGAGAUGGUGAGGUGGAUGGCGGGGUGGGGGAAGGUGCCGGUGUCCGGGGCGGCGAAGAAGUUCUGGAUCAGGGCGCUGAAGCUGUUGAGCUCGUGCGAGGUGGUGUACCAGCCCAGCAGCGACUCGCGGGGCGCGGCUUUGAGCACCAGGGCCAGCAUGUUCUU